CGGAGCCCGCUGGUUCCGCGCGGGGCUCUGUGACCGCGUGACCCUGCGGCCCGCUGUCCCCGCGCAGUCAUGGCGGCGGUCAGGGCCCUGGUGGCGUCCAGGCCACUGGCGUCCUCCGCGUUCGCGCCGCUUCAUGCGUGCAGCCCACGCGCGCCCCUCCACCGGUCCGCGCCGCGCCCGGGGGCCAGGGUCGCGCUAGUGCUGUCUGGUUGCGGAGUCUACGAUGGGACCGAGCUCCACGAGGCCUCCGCGGUGCUGGUUCACCUGAGUCGUGGCGGGGCCGAGGUCCAGAUCUUUGCUCCUGACAUCCCUCAGAUGCACGUGGUUGACCACGCCAAGGGGCAGCCUUCUGAGAGCGAAACCAGGAACGUCCUGACGGAGUCCGCGAGGAUCGCGCGCGGGAAGAUCACCGACCUGGCCAGGCUCAGCGCAGCCAAUCAUGAUGCUGCCAUUUUCCCCGGAGGCUUCGGAGCUGCCAAAAACUUGAGCACGUUCGCCGUCGACGGGAAAGACUGCAAAGUCCAUGAGGACGUGGAGCGGGUCCUGAAGGAGUUCCACAAGGCCGGCAAGCCCAUUGGCCUGUGCUGCAUUGCUCCCGUCCUGGCGGCCAGAGUGCUCCGUGGGGUCGAGGUCACCGUGGGCCACGAGCAGGAAGAAGGCGGCAAGUGGCCCUACGCAGGGACUGCGGAAGCCAUCAAGGCCCUGGGCGCCAAGCACUGUGCGAAGGGAGUGACCGAAGCUCACGUGGACCAGAAAAACAAGGUGGUCACGACCCCGGCCUUCAUGUGCGAGACGGAGCUUCACCACAUCCACGACGGGAUCGGGGCCAUGGUGAAGAAGGUGCUGGAACUCUGUGGAAAGUGACCGUGCCGCGAGCCCUGCGGCCUCCACCAGGGGGAGCUGGUGGCCUGUUUUCCCCGUGGCUUCGCUUUUCCUUCUAUAGGUAUCUUCUGCCCGAGGAGGCGUCCUUGGGGCCAGGGAUGGGUCGGUGUGCAGCAUUCCGUUCACACCGCGGAGGCUGGACCCUUUCUGUGGCCUGAGAUCGAAGUGGGACCUGCUCUUUCAGAGAGAGAAUUGGGAGACACGUCUCCCCACUGCCUCACGUUUGGCUGGCCUUAGGAUACGUGGUGUUUGGGAGGAAAGAAUUUUUUUGAGUUUACGAAUCUAGUAGUUAGGAAAUUGAAUUAUCAUACUCAUUGGUAAUUGAAAGUUCUCUGGUCUGGAGUAAAUAUGUACUAAAACGGGAAGGGGGUUGCAUUGAGGCCGGGGAGAAUAAAGUGCUUUCCAGACGGA